AUGGCUGUGGAGCCUCAGCUGAACUGCAUGUACAAGCUUUCCAAAGUUCUAUCGGACAACUGGCUACAAGAUACUUUACGCAUGGAUAAUGACAAAGCCAACAUAUGGAACCAACUAGAUAUUGCAUUCAUGAGCGCAAUCUCCGCUCCUCAUGCCGAUCUCGAAAUGCUCAAGUUAAUGAAUGAUUGGAACGGAUGGGUUUUUGCCUUUGACGACCCAUUUGAUGAGGGCUACUUUGCAAAGAACCCGACUGCCGCAGCUGAAGAAGUUAUACGGACUCUCUUCACGCUUGAUAACAAUCAUCCCAUCGUUCCUCCCGAAGAAAGCCCGGUAAGGCAUGCGCUCCAAUCAUGCUGGAUGCGCUUCAGAGAGCGAGCAAGCCCUACGUUGCAGUAUCGUUGGAAACAACAGUUGAUCAUGUAUUUUGUUGGCGUACUUCAACAGAUUGCGUUCCAAACCGGUGGUUCGAGAUCGACUGUCGAAGAAUACAUGGACAUAAGAGCUCAGUCUGUAGGAGUCUAUCCGUGCAUUGGACUGAUGGAAAAAGACCUUAUCAAAGGCGAACAGAUCAACAUUAUCUUCAUCCUCAAGGAUCAAGGAAUGACUACCCAGCAAGCCGUCGAUCAAAUAGGGGAAAUGCUGCACGACUGCUACCGGAGAUGGCAUAACGCGAAAACAAGUCUUCCCUCUUGGGGAGUUCAUUUUGAUCGAAGUGUAGAACGCUUUGUACGAGGCUGUCAAAACAUUGCCCUCGGCAAUCUUCACUGGAGCUUCCACACAUUUCGAUAUAUGGGGAAAGAAGGAUAUGAGGCUAAGAGAACAGGCGUGAUAGACCUUCCAGAAGUCUAG